AUGUUAGCUCUGGGAUUUGUUCGAAGUGGUGCGACUGGUAUCAAGUGUGCUGGAUCUUUAUUUCGAAUCUCACCCGGAAUUUUAUCUAGCGCUCUAAAUGUAACUCCUGUCGCUCAUCUUACGGCACUGUCUUUGGUUGAAACCCGGACCAGAGUAAAGCCAUGGCCAUACAAAGAAAAAACCUACAAUCAGUUUUGGCAAUUUUUUGAUCACACCAGUAAAAGAUUUGACGACAAUACCAGACUCAUUGUGGUGGAUGGUAAUAUUGCCACUGGUAAAACUGAAUUUGCCAAAAAAGUUGCUGAGAGUUUUAAUCUUCUUUAUAUGCCGGAUGUCCACCCAGAUGAAGUCUGGCUAAAUGAAGAUGGCUAUGAUAUGCGGAAAUUGGAUGAGCAAUUUUCUGAUGGGCCAAAUAAAUCCUAUGACCUAGAAAAAUUUUUAAGUGAUAAAAAUCCCAAAAAUCUCAAAGUUGGUCGGCCUCAGAUGUUGCUGUAUUAUAAACGUUUCUACCAUUAUGUUAGUGCCCUUGAACACAUCUUGAACACUGGCCAAGGUGUUGUAAUGGAACGUAGUGUGUUCAGUGAUAUGGUUUUUCCAGAAGUUUUUGCCCAGCUUGGAUACAUGACACCAGAAGCACUGACAUUUUACAAGAACAUGCUUCGAAAAAACACUAUUUGUGAUUUAUGGAAACCACACUUAAUCAUCUAUCUAGAUGCACCAAUUGCUACUGUAAGGGAGAAUAUCAAUAAACGUGGCAUACCAUAUGAAGUAAACAGCCCUGUCUUGACUGAUGAUUUUCUCAGAAAAGUUGAUGCAGCUUAUAAAAAAAAGUUAUUCCCUUCAUUGAGAGACCAUACAGAGAUCAUCAGCUAUGAUAUUUCCAAUUUACCAGACUGGGAAAUUAUUAUUGAAGAGUUAGAAGAAUUAAAUUUAGUUGAAGUUGAAAGCCAACCUGAAAAAUUCAAAGAGUGGCGCCAAAGAAGAGAAGAUGAUUUUAACAACUACCGAAUGGUGGUUUCAAUGAAAGAUACACUGCAUCCAUUAUUUUUGGUCGAACCACCACUGGAUGCACCAGAACUGAUGAUUCAUGGAGAAGAUUUGAUAGAACUCGAAACAGUUAUUCAUAAUAAUCCCGGCAUAUAUUAUAAGAAAGGCUACAAUCCAGAGACAGAUAAUGUUCUCUUUAAGCUAUAA